AUGCUCUUCUCGAGGGGAAAACUCGACCGCUAUCUACACAGCCAAAAUGGCGAACCACCAUGGGCUCUCGUAACCGGUGCCAGCGACGGCAUCGGCAGGCAAUUCGCCGAUGUCCUAGCAUCCCGCGGCUUCAACGUGAUCAUCCACGGGCGCAACGCGCAGAAAGUCCAGCUCGUGAUCGACGACCUGAGCCGCGCCCACCCCAACCGCGCAUUCCGCGCUCUCAUCGCCAACGCAGUCCACUGCAGCACGGGUGGUCACUCGCCCCUCCUAGAAGCCCUGCUGCGCCCCCUCGACGACCUCAACCUAACCGUCCUAGUCAACAACGCCGGCGGCGCCGACCCUUCGCUACGGCCCCUCCAGCACAUCAGCAGCGCCGAGCUAGCCUCCAACAUACUCCUCAACGCGACAUUUCCCACACUGCUCACGGCGCGCCUGCUGCCCUUACUCAUGCGCCACGAGCCCAGCCUCGUGCUCAACGUCGGGUCGAUGUCGGACGCAGCGCUGCCGCUCACAGCCGCCUACUCGGCCAGCAAGGCGUACCUAGCAUGCCUGUCGGCGCAGCUGCGGCGCGAGAUGAUGCUCGAGGGUCGUGAUGUCGAGGUCUUGUGCGUGCGGCUGGGCACCACGACGGGGACGGCGCUGAAUAAGACCCCGCCGAGCUUCUUCAUGCCGGAUGCGAAGACUGUGGCGGAGGCGGCGCUGGAGAGCGUGGGGUGUGGGAGGGCGAUCGAGCUUGGCGCAGGCGGCAUGAUGGCCUGCAGCGCCCUUCUGGCCGCCAUCAGAUGA